AUGGAUCUAAUAGUAGUUUCACCCUUACAACCAGCCCAUCUUGCCAUUGUCAGCUUUCUGGUGCCAGCAUUCAAGAGAGAACUCAUUCUGGAUCUGGACCUAAACCAUCAUCUUUUGUCAUCGGAAUAUGUGGAAAUCCACUACAGCAACCACAGCAAUACUCGUGUGUUGAGUCCUGGUGCAGCUGGAGAUCACUGUUACUACAAUGGUCACGUGCGUGGGUUUGAAGCAUCGUGGGUUGCAAUAUCUACGUGCCAUGGACUAAGUGGGGCAUUUUCAGAUGGAUCAUACACUUAUACAAUAUACCCCCAGCAGCAGACGACUAAGAAAUCUCACCCUUGGCCACAUGUGAUCCAGCGGACCAGGACAUGCAUAGAACCAGACUGUGUACACAUCAGAGAAAUUCCACGAAGCUCAAAAACACGCAGGAAAAGACAGGUCCGUCGAAUUGUGCACUCUGCUUUGUCUGAAACCAAAUACAUUGAGCUAAUGGUGGUCAAUGAUUGGCGCCUGUUUGACCAGGUGCGGCAGUCUGUGGGUCUAACAAGUAGUUUUGCCAAAUCUGUGGUGAAUUUAGCUGAUACCAUUUUUAGGGAACAACUUAACACCAGGAUCGUCCUGGUUGCCAUGGAAACCUGGACAUCUGGAGACAGGAUAGCUGUGAGUGAGGACCCUCUGCAAGUACUGGCUGAUUUCAUGAAAUACCGCAGCACCGAGAUACCAGAGCAUAGUGACGCCACUCACCUCUUCUCAGGACGCACGUUUAAGAGCAGCCGCAGUGGAGCUGCGUAUUUUGGCGGUAUAUGCUCUCUGACCAAAAGUGGUGGCGUAAUUGAGUAUGGAAACAUUGCUGCCAUGGCAGUGACAUUGGCACAGAGUCUGGGACAAAACCUUGGCAUGAUGUAUAAUAAACCACGGACUGCUGCUGGCGACUGCAGCUGCCCGGAUCUGUGGCUUGGCUGCAUCAUGGAGGAUACUGGUUACUACCUCCCCCAGAAGUUCUCCCGCUGCAGUACUGAUGAAUACCGCCAAUUCCUGCAAAACGGAGGAGGGAGAUGUCUGUUCAACAAACCUCUUAAGCUGUUGGAUGCUCCAUCCUGUGGGAAUGGAUUUGUGGAAGUGGGGGAGGAAUGUGACUGCGGCUCAGCUACUGAAUGUAACAGGACCGGUGCCUGGAACUGCUGUAAGAAGUGCACCCUAAGCCAUGAUGCAAUGUGCAGUGAUGGGUUAUGUUGCAGACGAUGUCGGUAUGAACCCAGAGGUACUGUCUGCCGUGAGCCUGUUAAUGAAUGUGAUGUACCAGAGACGUGUCCAGGAGACUUCGGCGUGUGCCCCUCAAAUGUACACAAGCAGGAUGGAUACUUCUGCGACAAUGAACAGGGUCGGUGUUAUGGGGGCCGGUGUAAGACCAGAGAUCGCCAGUGCAAUGCUGUGUGGGGACGCAGUGCAUCUGACAGGUUCUGCUAUGAAAAACUAAAUAUUGAGGGGACAGAGAAGGGCAAUUGUGGGAAAGAUGGAGAUAACUGGAUUCAGUGCAGUAAACCGGAUGUGCUCUGUGGCUACCUCCUAUGCACCAACAUCUCUGGAAUACCAAGGAUUGGAGAACUGAGCAGUGAUAUCACUAGUAUGAGUUUCUAUCACCACAACAGAUACAUUGAUUGCAGAGGAGGGCAGGUGAUACUACCAGAUGGCUCUUGUUUGGGGUAUGUGGAGGAUGGUACUCCGUGUGGACCCAACAUGAUGUGCCUAGAUCGAAAGUGUCUCUCCGCAACUGCUUUCAACUUCAGCUCCUGCCCCGGCAGUGGGAGCGGAGGGGUGUGCUCAGACCAUGGGGUUUGUAGUAAUGAGGGAAAAUGCAUUUGUCACUCAGACUGGACCGGCAAGGACUGCAGUGUAUAUGAUCCACUUCCCGUCCCUAAAUCUACUGGGGUUGUGGAAAAAUACAAAGGUCCAAGUGGCACAAAUAUCAUCAUUGGGUCCAUUGCAGGGGCUGUACUCAUUGCUGCCAUUGUACUAGGGGGGACUGGAUGGGGUUUCAAGAAUAUCCGGAGAGGAAGGUACAAACCAGAGGAUUACAAUUGUUUGUUCUUGAUCAUCCCAUCUACCUUCCAGCAAGCUACCUCCCGUUCCCAGUCUCAUCAGCAUCACUCUGAGACUAGCCAGUGAUAGGAAACUAGUGACACCUCACUCAGCACAGGCAUCCACACCUGUUUUAUAUCACUCAAACAACUGUUCACCGCUCACUGGACAAAACAAAAUACAAAUAAUGAUUAUUGGUAAAAAUGUACUUAUGGGUGGGGUGCAAUGCAGCCUGAGAUCACCAGAUGUGCGGGAGGCCGCAUCCCACAUGUCCUGCAAUAUCUGAGUCCAUUAUAUCCCACCCAAUCUGUCUACUGUUUUGUCACCCUCUGAAACACUACUUGAUGUAACCUAUAAAUAUAAAGAUAUUGUAUCCAAACAAGAGACUACUUAGGCGAUCUCACUUUUAGUUUCUACUUACAGUACAUUUUGACUUUAGGUGAUGCUACCAUAUUGCUGCCUGAUUGGGAGGGAUCCAGUCUUGUGGUUGGUUGAAAACACUAUCUGAUCUGGAUGUGGAUAGCUGUUUAUACAUCAGCUGUGACACUCUCUUGUCAUUUUUCAAUAUUCUGUAUCAUUCCCAUGACACCUCUAAGCCUUGCUAAUAACACAAACAAGAUGACCUUUUGGAGUGUGAUAAAAAGGAGAAGUUGAAGCAGGGAAACUACCACAGAUAUUUAUGGGAACACUCUCCCUGUCUUCCAAAACUAAAAUAACACGGUCUCUUCCUCAGGACAGUGAUAGACUACAAUAUAAAUGGCUUCUCUUGGCAGGAGUCUUAUUGAACUGAUCAGUCUUAAAAGCUGCAGGAAUUUAUAACCAGGAAGAAGUGACCCCACAGAACAAAUCACUGCCGUUAGUACACUUUGCCAUUGACAAGUACUGACACACUAAAAGAAGUUACUGACAUUAAAACACUUUAUACUUAAAAUGGGAUCAGUCUCCUUAAAUUGUACCAAUAGCUUGCACAAAGUGGAGGCUGCCAUUUUGUGGGACGAGCCAAUGUUUUAGAAGCAAGGUCUAUCAUCAGUAAAACAAGCAUUAAGCUGGCCAUACACUUAUGCGACUUCUCGGAUGGUAGAAGUCACAUUCGGUCACCGUUGAACCACCCGGCAGCUUUCCAGCGGCAGGAUUGCAUAUGAUACAUCGUAUGCAGUCCCUUUGCAUAUGAUGUAUCGUAUGCGACCCCAGCCAAGGCUGCCGGUACAAUAUAUCUAUAAUGCAGUACUUCCGAUCUAGGGGCUCCGAUACGAUGCAUACGGGGCCGUUAAUUCUGAUCGGAGGUAAAGCACAUGAGAUUUGCCAGUUUUCAUCCGAUUUAUCGGCCCAAAACGUCGGAAUUGGAUGAAAUCGGGCAAAAUCGCACUAGUGUAUGGGCACCUUAAGAGAAAUUGGUAGGCUUCAUUGUUAAGAAUGGUGGUUCAGCCCAUAAAAUGCCUGCCUCCUUGGUGUAGGCAACAUCACUGCCAUUAGUCCACCUCAGUCCAAAGAGGGACUGUUCUUAAAGACAGCACUGCCAUUGGUGUCCAUUUGGGGCCCUGCAGUGUAGCCACUUUUUAUUAUUACUGCCGUAACUAUACUUUGAUUCCAGGUAAUAAAUGGGAAUCUCAUUGAUGAUGGAGGUCAGACUACACGUUUGACGUAAGGAAGAAUGUUCCUUUUUAACACUGAGCCCCAAUAUCUUAUAUCUUAUAUAGCCACAUACUUAAUUGUAUUAAUAUCUAUAUUUGGAAAUAUUUUUUAAAUAUUAUCUAUGGCAGAUAGGCACUAAAAUAUUUACAUAUGCUAAUUGCACUAACAAAUGGAAUUGAAGACUAUGGGAAGGGGUUUAAUAUUUGUUUGUGGGGGAUAGAUAACUGACUCAUAUUUACCACCAAAAACUGCGUAUAUAUGUAUAACAAACGUAUGUAGGAUGAAAACAUCCCUAAAAUUCAAGAAUAUUGCUCACAAAAACUCUGGCUUUUCAAAUGACUUUUGAAUUUGCAAAGACUCACAAUUGUUUUAAUACUCUGAAUGUAAUGCCCAAGACUCCUCCUGAGACAUACAAAAUGACUGAAAUGGAUACUCUGUUUGCUGUAUGGAUUCAUGUGUAUAUUGCUCCUGGAUUCUAAAGUCGAAUUGGAGAACCUCUUUGCCUCAGUCUAGCAAGAACUGCCAGUAUACUGUACCUCUGAAGCUUGUCUAAUAAAUAAUCAGCAACUGAAAUUUCCCUCCAGCAUCUCAAACACAACUCAAGUAUGAAGUCUCCAUUCUUCAAACCAGAUGUUUGAGAGCUUUAUAUCAACUCACUACCAAAGCUUUCACCAGUAUGCACAGAACAUAAUCCAGCACAAGGUAAAAGGAAAUUCAUUUGUACUCAAGACAGCACAAUGCGCUCUGAAAAUAACUACACUAAGAGGAGUAAUAAAUGAAAUCAGGAUAUGGCUUCAUUAAAGAUCAAGAUAUAACAUGGAUAUACUACAGCACAAUGGGUUAGAAUCUGGACAUGACUGCACAAACAAGAAUGAACAGAAAUCUGUGAGAGAAAGAUUAGACUAUUAGGAGAUCUCUGAAAUUGAUACCCUGGCAUUAGUGAGUAUUGAUAAAUGAACAUCAAAGGACGUGCACAAAUAAGAACUGUCCUUCCAUGGUUACAUACAGCCAUCACAUGAGUUGUCCUAUUAUUGGGAUGUAGACAGGACAGCACAGACCACCAAAAGACUCUUUCACUAGGCAAUGUUGAAUGUCUCUCUCUUUCUUGAUGGGUAUAGGCGAGUUUGGCAUUAGCUUUCUGGUUUUGGAUCAACUUUUAAAACACCAGACCUACAGGAUCUUGAUGCAGUAGGGUUGGGAGUCUUAAUGAAAUUGUUUUUUUGUUUUUUUUAAUUACAGAGACAAUAAAUAAAAAUGAAUGUUCUCACUGUGACAGGA